AUGGUGAUAGCCAUUAGUACUCGUGGAAGCGCCGAAUCAGUACUCACGGUUUUGGUCAUGGCAUUUGUCUACACUCUAUCAUCCCAAGAGCUCAUUUCUGCGAUUUUGUUAGGCUUGGCUAUUCACUUCAAGCUCUAUCCGAUCAUUUAUUUGCCCACAGCAAUUUGCUAUAUUACGCAGUCUAGUAAUCCUAUUAAAUGGAUGAAUGUCAAAGCCAUCCGCUAUGGGCUUGUUACAGUGGGUGUCGUUGCGAUUCUCAAUUGGAUGAUGUACAAGCAGUACGGGUACGACUUCUUGUAUGAAACAUACUUGUACCACUUUCAACGUUUAGACCACCGGCACAACUUUUCAGUAUACAAUGUGUUGUUGUAUUACAAGUCGGCGAUUGCGGGUGAGGAACAAAUAUCGUCUUUUUCGGUGGAGUCGUUGGCGUUCAUUCCUCAAAUUGCAAUCUCUGGUUUGCUUAUUCCUCUUUUAUUCUGGAAUAGACUACAAGCAUGUUUAUUUCUUCAAACUUUUGCAUUUGUUACUUUCAACAAAGUAAUGACCAGUCAAUACUUUAUCUGGUUUUUGAUAUUUCUACCUGGAGUAAUAGGUGAUGCAAAAAUAUCGCGGGUUAAAGGGUUUGUCAUGGUAGGGGCGUGGGUUUUGACACAGGCAUUAUGGCUCAACAACGCCUACAACUUGGAGUUCUUGGGAGUUCUGAAUUUUGAUUCCGGAUUGGUAUAUUCGUCCGUUUUAUUCUUUUUGACAAAUUGUUGGAUUCUCAGUGAGAUUAUUCGCUCUUUAUAG